CAUUGAUUAUUUGUGUGAACCAUACGAUUAAAUUUUUCAUUUCCUGAACUGGACGUUUCAGAUUAAUAUAUAUUUUAAUUUUCUUUUAAACAGGAAAUUAGAUUUCGGUUUUAAUGUUUUUCUGAAGUCUGAAACACCUAUAAAAGAGACAGUUCAAACACACUCUUCGCUUCUUGUGCUACGCUCUAUUUCUCUCUCUGUCUCUCACCUAAAACACUACUUUCUCAGUACCUGAAUACCACCAAAGCCCAUAUUCUGAUCUGAAUACCACUAAUCAUCCAUUUCUAAGCUUACCCAUUUACUGAAAACCACUCAAAAAAUGUCAACAGCGUACAACCCUUUCAUCUUCUUUUUCUCCCCUGAAACUUGUGCGAGUCUGGAGUUAUGUCUCUUUGCUCUAAUGGCUAUUGCUGUGUUUGGGUUUUGGCUAACACCAGGAGGGUUAGCUUGGGCUUUAUCAAAAGCUAAGAAGCAACAUCAAGCAAAAACAGCUAUUCCUGGUCCUUCUGGUUUACCCAUUGUGGGUUUGCUUUUUGUUUUCACUGGUUCUUUAACUCACCGUUUACUAGCUAAGCUGUCUCAGAGCUUCAAAGCUGUACCGUUAAUGGCUUUCUCAGUUGGGUUUACUCGUUUCAUAAUAUCUAGUCAUCCUGAUACAGCUAAAGAGAUUCUCAGUAGUUCUGCUUUUGCUGAUAGGCCUAUUAAAGAAUCUGCAUAUGAACUUCUUUUUCAUAGAGCAAUGGGGUUUGCUCCAUAUGGUGUUUACUGGAGAAACUUGAGAAGAAUUUCAGCAACUCACUUGUUUUGUCCGAAGAGAAUCGCUAGUUUUGGUGCUUUUCGAAGCCAAAUCGGUACCAAAAUGAUUGGGGACAUCAAGGGUUUAAUGGGUGUAAAAGGAGAGGUUGAGAUAAAGAAAGUGUUGCAUUUUGGGUCUUUGAACAAUGUCAUGAUGAGCGUUUUUGGCAAAAGUUAUGAUUUUGAAAAUGGAAGCGGUGAUGCGUCUCAUGAACUUGAAGCUUGGUUAGUGAAGGAUAUGAACUACUUGGAAUCUUUAACUGGAGUGACCAUUUCCCGCUUCUUGGACUGUUAGAUUUGCAAGGAGUGAGAAAAAGAUGCAGAGAUUUGGUUUCCAGGGUUAAUAUAUUUGUGGGGAAGAUUAUUGAUGAACAUAGAAGCAAAAGGUUUGAUGGUGUUUUGAACAAUGAAAGUGUUGGUGACU